AUGGUAGAUCCAAACGAACAAUCAACUGAUACAACUACAACAACCACAACCACAACGACUAAUGAUUCAACGACAUCUACAAAUCCAACUACUAUCACGAAUGAAUUAAGAAUGAGUGAUCUCGACUGUAAUAAUAACAAUAAUGAAAAUCAACCAGCUACUACUCUAUUCCCAGAGGUCACUCCUGUCAAUACUCAUCAAGAUCCGCUCCCAACUGAUCUCUUUCAGUCUAGCCUGGCAUCAUCUAAGCUCCCGAUCUCCUCUACCAUCGUUCCAGGCCAACCGGAUGGAAACCAGAUUUGUAUAUGGGUCUUGCUAGAUCAUAGAGUGAAGAGUCUGUUCUAA